AGCAGGUUUGGCUCUGUGGAAAGCAGAAUGUCAGAAGAUAUUGAAGAAAUUGAAAAGGAAAUAGAAACUGAACUAAGCAGAAUCAGUGUUGGUUCCUGUGAAGCAGAUGAUCCAGACACAGAGGUAUCAGACGAAGCUUUGAGUGACAGUGAGGCAGUUUCAGAUGACUUUCCAGAGUCAGUUCUCUCCUAUUUAGACUUUAUAAAGAGUAGAAAUAAAGAUGCUGAAAAGCUUAUACUUCAAGACACAGAAGAUGAAGAAACUACAAAUAAUGUUUAUGGAGUGGUUUCUUGCCAUGCUUCAGCUUACUCGUCAGAACUGGCUUCUGAAGAUAAUGAAGAUCCAGAAGAAUUUAAGAAAAGGGCACUGUUUGAAACUGAAAAUGAAGACUUGCAGAUGGCUACACCACCUAGUUGUAAUGGGAGUGAUAAAGUGGUCACCAAUGACCAUUUUGUUACAGCUGAUGUUGGAAUAAGCAUAAACCUUGCUCAUCUAGAAGUAGAAGAGAAGUCUAGACAAGAAUUUGAGCAGUGGAAGAAAAGACAAAAUGAGCUUGAAGAUGAGAAAAGGCGAAAGUGGAAAGCUGAGAGAGAAGCACAGGAAAAACAGGCUGAAGAGGAGCAUGCAAGAUGGGUGCAGCGUCAGGAGGAAUUUGAGGCUGAAAGAAGAAAGAUAAAGCUGCUUCAUAAGAAACACCAAACAUCAGUGGAAGAUGAGUUACAGAAAGAGGAGAAAGCUUGGAGAGACAAAAGGAUGCAACAUGAGGAAAUGAUCAUGAAGCUGCAGCUGCAAAUGGAAGAGGAGAAAAAGGCCUUGGAAGAGCAAAAAGCAAAAGAAAGGCAACAUCUGGCAGAACAACAAAGGACAGCAGCUGUGAAAAUCCAAGCUGCAUUUAGAUCAUUUUUAGUCCAUAAAAAGUAUGCUCCCAUCCUAAAGGAAUGGAAAGAUGAAAUAAAAAAGAAGCAGAAAAUGCUAGAAGAAAUAGAGAAAGAAAUGAAAGAAAAGGAAGAAAAAAUAAAGAGGCAAAUGGAAGAAAACAGGCAACAGAAAGAAGAGCUAAAAAAGAAACAAGAAGAAUUUGAAAGACAAGAAUAUCUGGAACAGGUGAGGAGGCGUGAGGAAUAUGAGAAGAAGAAAGAAAGCCUGAGACAUGAGCAAGAGAAACACCUGCAAAUAAGAAGAGAAGAACAGAGAAAGGUAGAAGAGAAAGGUGUAAAAACUGUGAUGAGCAGAAGUGAAGAAAAUAACCCAGAAAACAUAAAAAAGGAUAAGCAGAUAGAAAAUACAAAAUCAAUUGAACAGAAGGGACAAAAUAAACAAGUAGAGGAACAAAAAGAGAAACAGACUGAAAUGAUGGGUGAAACAAAUAGUUGGAUGAUUCCAGCAGGAAGAAAUUUGACACCAACACCAAAUAAACUAGACUCUGAGAAGAAGGAACCUGCUUCUCAAGUAAACAAUGACAACGUGUAUGCAAAUUCUGUAGCACAUAUAGAAGAAGAUUAUUUACAAACUAGAAAUCUUAAUAAAGCUCCAAAUAAUCUUGCUUCAAAGGAUGAAUCCAUUAAUUUUGAAGCCAGUGACAUGGUAGAGAAUAAGGCAAAGAAUAUGUGCAGCAGCCCCCCAAAUAUCCAGUCAGAUGCUAGUUGUAGCCAAGUCAAAGAUCAGUUUUCUCAGUCUGAAACGAGGAAGAAAAUUGUCUUUCUAGUGAAAGAUGAUAAUGAAGAAGUCAGAGAGCCCUGGGACGUAAUUCAAGAUGUAGUGGAGUUUUCCAAUAGAAUGAUUCUUCCUGAUAAUAUUGAGAAGAAGAGAAUAAACUGGAUGAACACAUGCAAAUCUUGGUCUAAAGUACAUGAAGAAAGGCAAAGAAAGCAGGUGACUAAAAAGAAACGACCAAGGAAAAGUUCUGUAUGCAAGAUGCCUCCAUUAAGUACACAUAAGAUAAUUCAGAGUGGCCCUUGGAGUACUCUGCAGCAGGUCACGACACUUACGCUUGAAGAUUUGCCAGCUUGUAGUCUCUCAACGCUAUCUCAGUGUCCAAGUCUUCAAGUUUUGACCCUGAGGCACUGUGGACUUGUAGCACUGGAAGGACUAAGUAACUGCAAAGACCUGAAGUAUAUCAAUGUGGAGGAAAACAACAUUCAGAUGAUUGACUGUGAACAUCUAGAAAAUCUCUGUGUUUUGAUUCUGAAUAAGAACCAUCUUUCAUCGGUUUGUGGCUUAGAUGACUGCAUAAAUCUCCGAAAUCUUGAACUUUCCUACAACAGAAUCACUCAAGUUGGUGGUCUGGAGUCACUGAAAAAUCUUCAGCAAUUAAUUUUGGACCAUAAUCGGUUAAUCAGCACAAAAGGUCUUUGUGAGGCACCUACUCUCAUUCACCUAGACUGCUCUUUUAAUCUUCUCACCCAAGUAGAAGGCAUUGAGAACUGUGGCCUACUUCAGAUUCUGAAGUUGCAAGGCAAUAACCUGCAGGAGCUUCCAAGACUGGAAAAUCAUGUUCUCCUAAGAGAACUAUAUUUGGAUGACAAUAGCAUUUCUGCUGUCACAAUGCUUUCUUCGUACUGGUUGCCUCUAUUGCAGAUUGUUUUGCUAUCUCAAAACAGAUUAACUGAUCUUGUGCCUUUAAAUUCAUUAAUAUCAUUGGAAAAGCUGGAUAUUGAAAAUAACUGCUUGUCAGACCUUACAGGUAUCAUUGCAUGGCUCAGUGGCUGUCAUAAACUAAAGGAUUUAUCACUCAGUGGAAAUCCUCUUCUCCAGGAAAGGACUUGGAGGACCUCUUUGUGUAAAGUCCUUCCUAAUUUACAGUUUCUCAAUGGUGAAAUCCUAAAUUCUCAUAUUCUACCCAUGGCUGAAAUAACUGAAGGAUCAGAGCCAAGAACAUUUCGAGAACUUUGUCGAGUUCAAAUUGAAGAAAAUAUUCAACUGAAGGAACAGGCUGCUGAGCUGGGGGUUGCCUCUUCUGUUGACUCUGCAGAGGGACAGUGCUGGUAUUUUAAUGAGUUGAUGAAACUUAGUGUUAAACAUCGCUAUGAGCAUGAGUGCGGAGAACUGAAGGUUACUGACAGAGAUGGACCAGAAGCACUGCAAAAUCAUUUAAAGCAAACAUCCACUGGCUGCCUACGGGAAAAUAACCUCUUUAUCAUGGGUGUGACAGAAAAUAAACAGGUCUUGUUGGAUCCUUCCAAAAGAUGGAUGGCUACUGGCCAUAUUCAGGCCACAUUCAUUAACUCCUCCAUACCUGUGCACCAAAAGGAAAAUAAAGAGGAUCACAGAGUGAGGCAGAAGAGCACUGAAUCAUGGAUUAAUUACAGUGGGGAGAGUAUAGGCAACAAUAACUUGUCAGCCCAACUCACAGUGCAACAGUCAGCGGUAGUAGCAAGCAAUACAGGAAGAGAUCUUCAGCAUUUUGAGAGUGAUACAGAAAGGCUGCACAUGGCGGCGUCCAUGAUCCAGUCCCUUUGGCGGCAGUACUACGCCAGGAGGAAAGCUGAAUACAGCCAAACAGAGAAUCGUUGGUUUGUAGAAGCUUGGAGACAGAAGCACGAAGCUGCCACACUAAUCCAGGCAUCUUGGAAGGGUUUUCUUUUGCGAAAGAAGCUGGCCAGUGCUCUUGCAGCUGUUAGAAGUGACGAAGUGGAGGAUGACUAUGAAGAAAUAAAGCUGGAGGAUUUUACAUUUUCUGAAAGCUCUAUCUCAAAUGAAUGGCUAACUCUAGGUUCCCCCCUUUUGCCUUUGAAAACACUCCUGCUCUCAAACCAGCUGCACUGGCCAAAGAAAUAUUCUGGGCCUUCAAUAUGCAGUGAAUAUCCAAAUAGUUUGCCAUUGUCACCACAAGAAGUUGGGCAGUGUGUUAACAGACCACAUUCAUACUCAGCACAAAAUAUCCACUUUCACAACAGGUCACAGAAGGCAACAAUAUCACAGCUUUCUGACUGGAAGAAAACCAGGAGAUUUUCAUUCCUAGCUGAAAAAGAAGAGCAAAUUUCAGAAGAGUGGGGUUUUAAGGAUAUUUCUACCGCGCAGCUAAUGCUGAAGAGAGCCCAUAAAAUGAAGCCUAAGAACCAUAGUCAGAAGAGUUCAAACCCAGCUGUGCGCCUGGCGUUGUUCAGAAACCAUGAAAAUAAAUAUCUCCAUGUGAAGCCACCAAGGAAGACACAGCCUAUGAAUGCUGAGUACUUUGAAGGUGAAAAAGAAGAAUUUUCUCAAUUGGAUACUACUUUAGAUGAUAAAUUGCAGAAGAGAAUCGACUUUACAUACCAGCAGCUUUGUACACAGGUUUUGGACUAUAAAACAUCCAGUUCCCAAAACAUGAAAUGCUGUCAUUUUUUGCCUGAGUUAGAUCCUGCGAUACGUGACAGCAGACAAGUACAACUUGUGGCAAGCCCUGUAAGCAGAGAAGACACGGAUUUAGACCUCGUUUCCAUGGCCAGUGGAAGUGCUUUGACUGAGAACAGAGAAAAAAAUAAGCAGCCACACAGCCACUCAGCGAGAUUUUCAAGGAGGAACAUAGCCACCCCAGAGAAAUCGUGCGUGGAUCCACCUCGUAAAGACCGGAUAUCAUUUCGAGACCAUCCAGUGCAGCUCAGCGGAGGAUGGGGAGCAGGCAAAAAAAGAAGGGCAAAAAUGUAAAGAUAUUAGCUGGAUACUGGACAGAAUCUGGCCAAUGGAUUAAGCCAAAUCUGGAGAACACACAGAGAACUGUUUCUUUUUAUGCACAUGAAUAUCAACUGCUGGAUUCUCAUUUAUUACCAAUGUAAGCGAUUUCAAUUAACUGUAUUUUCCUUAUUAUGCCUGGUUGAAGUGAGUUGGGUUGGUUCUUUCUAUCAGAGUGUUUUAUACCUGUCAGUAAGGUAUCCCAGUUUGUUUUUCCAGUACCUUAUAUGUUCAUGGGGUGUAGAAUGCAGAACAGAUGGACUCGACAAGGAUUGUUGAACAGUGGGAAAGCUUAAGCUUGCUUUUAAAAGAUCGUUGAGAUGUGCAAAUGUAAGAAUAGUUCAUAGUCAUAUGGUGUAUGUCACGUACCAGAACAGGGAGUUCUCAUUUUCUCACUAGUAAAGGGCUUGCUUGCAAACUGUGUUGUAAGCUGUAAUGGCCAGCAGUGCCAUCCAGAGUGAAAUCUGUUUAUAGUAUUUUACUAAAGCAGCAAAAAUUCUCAGCAGCCUUACAAAGAGUAGGGAUGCACUUAUCUUUUAUGUUUUGGGUUUUUUGUGAUAUGGUACUUUCAUCAGAACUUACAGCCACAAUGUGAUAAAGCAACCAGUUGUAUUUUUAUGCUUUAAAUGAUUUAUAUAUAAAUAUAAUAAAUAAUA